CCUUUGCUACGAUUGGCUAUUGAAUGCAACCUUUGUUGCGGUGUUGGUUUUAUUUCCGAGGUUGUGUUCUCAAAAAGUCAGGAAGCACGCUAGCUAACCUAGCAGUUUAAGGAUUCGGAAAUAAAAAUGUGUCUAGUGAGCUUUAGCUGUGUUUGUUAGAGAGAAAAGUCAGCGUACACUGAAAUGACCUAAGUGAGCGGUGGCACUGGCUUUGGUGUAUUGGUGAAACAACUUUAACGUUUAAGUGUAUCGGAAGAUGAUAGAACCAGAGCUACUGACCGAGGUCCCUGCAGCACUUAAGCGGCUAGCCAAGCAGGUCGUAAGGGGUUUCUAUGGAGUUGAACAUGCCUUGGCCCUGGAUGUGCUCAUUCGCAACCCAUGUGUACGGGAGGAGGACAUGCUGGAGCUGCUCAAGUUUGAUCGUAAACAGCUGCGGUCAGUACUCAACACCCUGAAGGCAGACAAGUUUGUCAAGUGCCGCAUGAGAGUGGAAACGGCCCCUGAUGGCAAGACAACACGGCAUAACUACUACUUCAUCAACUACAGGUGGUUAUUUUCUUUUUGGUUUGCACUGCGACAGUGCAGAUAA